CUAGUAACACUCGUGCCUUGCAGGCACUCGUACGAUCGUGCAGUUACUGGCACAGAAGACUCGUGAUAAUCUGCAGUAUCCAUAGGAUAAUAAUUAUCAUAAUUAUAGCGUAAAUCCAAGCCAAGCCAAGCUUUUUUUUUACAGUAACGAAUACAAUGGCUGUAAAUCCACAAGCUUUCGAGCAGUUCAAGCUGAGACAAAUUCGCAUCACUAAGAAUGAGUUCGGACGAGGUUCCUACGCUGUUGUCUUGGAGCUAGAGUAUCAAGGACUGAAAUGUGCCGGCAAAAAACUUUAUGAGGUUCUGUACGAGACUGGAAUCGGGCAUGCGGCACAAAGAUAUCUGGAGGAGUGUCGCCUGCUCAGUCAAACUAGACAUCCCAACAUUGUCCAAUUUCUGGGAGUGUGUUUUGAGGAGAGCUUUCAGUUCCCCAUCCUAGUCAUGGAAUUCCUCCCCACCAACUUGAGCAGCUGUCUCAAGCGCUAUGGUAUUCUCCCCGAUGAGAUCAACUUCUCCAUCCUCCAUGACGUCUCACUGGGCCUGGCCUACCUCCAUGACCAAACACCAGUCAUUGUGCACAGAGACCUCUCAGCCAACAACGUUCUCUUGUCCACCAACAUGAUGGCAAAGAUAUCCGAUCUGGGGGUUGCUCGAAUUUUGAACCUUACCCCCCUUCAAGUUAGUCGAUUAACGGAGACCCCUGGCACCCCAGCGUACAUGCCCCCCGAAGUUAUGGUUGCCGACCCUCACUACGACACCAGUGUGGAUGUGUUCUCCUUUGGGAUCAUGAUGAUUCACACCUUCACAGCAGAGUGGCCACUACCAAAGAUUGGCCAGACACGAAUCAAUCCUGCUAAUCCCAAUGGUCUGAUACCAGUGACAGAAGCUGAACGACGUGAAGAGUUUAUUCGAAGGAUUCCUCCAGACCACCCUCUGAUGGACUUUAUCAUGCGCUGUCUCAGCAACAACCCCCAGCAAAGACCUACAGCAGCGGAGAUAGUGAGUCGGAUGGUGGGUGUGGUACUUGAAUAUCCUCCCUCUUUUGAGAACAGAGUGGAGAUGCUCCAGCGAGUGAGUGCCCUACUGACAGAGAAAAGGGAGCUUGAGGAGGAGGUUGUGAGAAAGGACUUGGCAAUCCAGGAGAAAGCAGGAGAGAUCGAGGUACUGGUGGAGAAGAAAAGACGACAAGAGGAAGAAAGUGAAAACACUGUCGAACGUAUGCAGUUGGUGCACUCUGUGGAAGCCGAUCAAAUUAAAUUGGAAAUUGAAGAUCUUAAAAGUCAACUCGAAGAUAAAGAGACAAUUGUUAACACGAAAGAUGAAUUUAUUAUAUCAAGAAAUGCAAGGAUUGUGGAAUUAGAAACUCAAUGUCAACAACUCACUGAGGAGGUGGAGCUACAAAUUGCUCACAAAGAUUCGAUCAUUGCCUCCAAAGAUACUUCCCUUCAUAAGAAAGAAGCCACCAAUCAGAGUUUGAACAACCAACUCACCAAAACCCGAGACUACCUGACCAGCAAACCACAGUCCCUACAGGUUCAGUUGUCCUACAGUCAGUGCUCCGAGGCUCCAGUGGAGAUGUCUGGGGGACUAGCAAUAACCAUCAAUGGCAAGGUCUACUAUGGUGGGGGAGUCUGUGAUGGCGUUGAUGACAUGUUUUAUGUCCACUGUUACGAUCCGCCACAAGACUUUUGGUCAACUCUGCCCAGACUUCCUGUAUGUUACUUUGGUCUAGGAGAAGUAAAAGGUGAACUGGUAGCAGUUGGCGGUAGGGAUCCAUCUCGCUCUAAAUCCAACGUGGUACAUGUGUGUACCAAAGGAAGGAACUGGAAACGGACGAUUCCACCAAUGCCCACAGCGAGGAGUUGGCCAGCAGUCGUUAGUCUCCCAACACAUCUGGUCGUAACAGGAGGUCGGUUGAGCUCUGGUGGCUACACUGAUAAUGUUGAGAUCUACAGCAUCAGCACCUUUCAGUGGAGCGAGACAGACAGACUACCAUAUGUUUGUAUGGACCAAAGAGGAAUUGUCUACAACAACACAGUGUACCUACUGGGCGGAUCUGACAACAAUAAUCUAAAUGAGGUGUGUGCUGCUCAAGUCGACAAGCUCAUCUCAGUAGACCGACAGCACGAUGGUAGUGUCAACAAAGCUGACUCUGUCUGGAAUACAAUAUCCAAUACCCUGUCUUACCGGCCCUCCCCUGUAACGAUAUCCGACACCCUCUUUGCUGUUGGUGGACUGAUUCGUAAGGAAGCAACUCAAGCGAUCUACGCCUACUCAUCCUCCAUGAACUCCUGGCUCUACAUUGGUGAUCUACCAUCUCCUGUGGCACACACUGCCACUGUGUCACUGUCUCCAGCAGAGUGCUUUGUGAUUGGGGGAAGUAACAAAUCAAAAAGACAAUCUACCGUGCAUAAAAUUAGAAUCACAGCAACUAUUCCUUGAUUAUUAUGGCUCGUGUAACAGACUGGACUAUGAGAAUAAUACGUAGUGUACUAUAAUUAGAUAACCUAACCUUUGUGAUAUGUGAUUGUAACGACCUUUUGAUUCAGUAUGUUUUUGGAGAUGAUUACUGCCGAGAUUGCAUUGAGAAGAAAUCUAAUUGAAUCCUCCUAAAUACAGCUAGAAACCGUCUCCAAAAGUACUCGAAGGAAGGACUAUCUAUCCUUUGCAGGAUAUUUCACUCGAAAAAGAAAUCGUGAAGGAAGGAGGUCAAGUCCAGACGACAUGGCAAGUAUGGAAGAGACUCAAGACUUGCCGGUUGGACGAGCUUUCGCCUUGAACUCCAGACAUCUGGGAGCAGUAUACGUGAAGGAAAUAGAGUAAACAAUGGAACUUCGCACGACACGUAUUUUCGAACGAUUUAGCACCACGGUAAGCAAAAACAAACAGCGUUAUGCACCCUACACAAGCCGACUUACAUGCCUUAGGAACAAGCUGGGUUGAAUAGCAACGCUUAACGUCGUAGCUCUUGCAAUGAUGACGUAAUAAUCCAGAAAACAAAAGUGUGCGAUAGUUGGAAUUUCGAAAAAAGUAAUGUAUCCCCGAACCGAGGUACUUGCCGCUUUAAUUAGCUAAUAUCGAGCUUCCCAUCAGCUUUAGUAUGUCCUAUUUAGUAUAUACGUAAGCAACACUAAAAUUACUUCACUGCUACUCAAAACAAACAAUAAACUUUCAAACAGUAAGUGCUGAAUCAGCACUUUUAACACCCACGUGGAUGGUUGUAUAAAAUCUGUCAUUAUGGACAUACUAAAGCUGAUGGGAAGCUCGAUAUUAGCUAUUUAAAGCGGCAAGUACCUCGAUUUGGGGAUACAUUACUUUUUUUCGAAAUUCCAACUAUCGCACACUUUUGUUUUCUGGAUUAUUACGUCAUCAUUGCAAGAGCUAUGACGUUGCUAUUCAACCCAGCUUGUUCCUAAGGCAUGUAAGUCGGCUUGUAAUUGUGUAGGGUCAGAUUCUGCAUAACGCGUAACGCUGUUUGUUUUUGCUUACCGUGGUGCUAAAUCGUUUGAAAAUACGUGUCGUGCGUAGUUCCAUUGUUUACUCUAGCCAAAGGCAGGUAACUGAUACCGGACCAGAACCUAAUAAGGAGCAUCGAUCAGAUGAUGAGAUCGAAUCAGAGGAGCAUCGAUCUGACGAGGAACCAAGCGAGACCGGAUCCGAACCUAUUAGGAAGCAUCCAGUGGUAGAUGCACCUAACCCGUUUCUACGAACACGAUCAAGACGUAUCAAACCCCCUAAACGUUUAAUGACUAUCACGGUUAACGCUCGAGACGAGCAGUCCGGGGUAUGUAACAGACUGGACUAUGAGAAUAAUACGUAGUGUACUAUAAUUAGAUAGCCUAACCUUUAUGAUAUGUGAUUGUAACAACCUUUUGAUUUAGUAUGUUUUUGGAGAUGAUAACACUCGUGAUAAUUAUAGAGUUAAACA